CGAUGCGGUCCCCCAGAAGCCCCGCACCGCUCCACACUCCAGGAGGUUGCAGGGUGUUGUAAAUCCUGGUGGUAACAGCAGCUUUGGACUCACAUCCCAACACUCACAGAUAUGACUGCAUGCAUCUUCUUACGGGGAGCAAAAAUCGACAGAGAACUGGCAGAUGAUGAGAUCGAAGAGUUGAGAGAGGCAUUUAAUGAAUUCGAUAAAGAUAAAGACGGUCUAAUCAGCUGUAAGGACCUGGGGAACCUGAUGAGGACGAUGGGUUACAUGCCGACGGAGAUGGAGCUGAUCGAGCUGGGCCAGAACAUCAGCAUGAACCUGGGAGGAACGGUGGACUUUGAAGACUUUGUGGAGCUAAUGGCGCCGAAGCUUUUGGCCGAAACAGCCGGCAUGAUCGGAGUGAAGGAACUACGAGACGCUUUCAGAGAGUUUGACAUGGACGGCGACGGCUCGAUCACCUCCGAGGAGCUGAGGAGCGCGAUGGCUAAACUACUGGGAGAACACAUGAACCACAGAGAGAUCGAGGCCGUGGUCCGAGAGGCAGACAACAACGGCGACGGCACGGUCGAUUUCGAAGAGUUCGUCAGGAUGCUGUCAAGCUGCUGAGACAUUCAUCUUCUGGACGCUGCAGGAUCAUAAACACAGCUUGCGUGUCCCUAAAUAUCAGUGCAAUGUACAGAAAGAUCUUUCCCCAUAAACUAUGCAAACAUGUCAGGCUUUCAGUGCAAUACAGAGCUACUGAUCUGAGAGAUGAUGGAUGUGCAAUAUUUCUGUGAAAUUAUUAUCACGAGUCUAAUACUAUAACACUUGUCUUUGCAGUAUUUUUAAUAGAUAUUUGCUCAAUAAAAUACAAAAUUAGGA